AUGUUUCCUCGUUUUCAGGGCACACCAUCGAUUGUCGGUCGAACUAACACUGGUCAACCGAUAUCAACAUUAACACCCACAGCCAACCCCGGCAAAGGACCUCAACCACUGCUUGUCCAAGGAGUUUAUCCUCAAGGCGGUCCUAUUGUGGUUCAAGGUGAAACACCUAAGGUCCUUGUCCCAGCUAAAGUCCAAGUUCGACUCCAACAAGGCGGAGAUGCUUCAGUUGCAAUUUCUCCGACGGCUAUUCCAUCAUCGACACUACCGAUGGCGACAGCAACGAUGGGAUGGUCACAGGCUGCGCCCAUGAAAGCUGCUUUUGCUCCGUCUGGGCACAAUAUUAUGUCCAGUCCAUGCAAUGCGCAGCACCGCAGUCUAUCGGUAUGCUCCGCCUCACCCCAACUGGAUUCAUCGCCGAUGUCACCGUUGCCUAAUAUAAUCCAGUACCAUAACCAUACUACCCCUUCGACGACCAGGGUCACCCUGCAGGCUGAUCCCCGAUCUACUCGCGUACCGGGAACUGGUCAGUGGGCAGCACCAGUUAGUGAUUCGUCGACCACACCAGACUCGGGCAUUCAGUCUGUCCCAGGAUCUCCACCAAGUAGCCAUCCACUUACGCCGCCAACGAUGCAGUUAGAAGGUUGCGAUUCGGUCUGUGAAGAACGAUGUGACAAUGAUGAGGAUUUCGCAGAUAUGCCACGACUUCUUCCGGUCGAUCAAGAAGAGGCUCAGUGUAGUAACAGCUGCUUGUCAGUACGUGAAGACGUGACGUCGUCACACGGCUCAGAAUGUGAGACUGCCCCAACGCCAUCGAUCUCCAUCACACCUACGAUGGAUUCGAAGGAUAUCGUUGAACAGCUCCUCAUGCUCGAUCCCGAGAAGGCCAACGCGAUUGCUAACCUCAUCAAAAGGCGGCAGAAUAGCAAACGGAGGAGCGGGAGCAAGCAGGAGGUGGUGCACAAGCGCGGACGACCGACGAGCUCGGCCAGUGAAGAUCUGAAGAAAAGCGAAGAAGAACCGACACCGACAACACGAGUGGCAACGCGCAGUACGUCUCGAGCAUCACAAAAGGACAGUGGUCGAGGGUCCAGUGCCGCCAAUAUGACCAAAUUGGACAUAUCGCCAUCUUGUACGGACGACUCCAAAGAGAUAGGAUCCCAAGAGAUAUCCCCUAUUCCCAGCGAACAGGUGUGCUCGGAAUCACCAUCGUCUGAAGAGCGCAGAAGCACCGUGGGAGUCCAGUCAUAUGAUUUGGAAAUGCGAAAGCUAUACCGUGAGGCAAUAAAACGAAUGAUGAAAGAGAAGCUGGCGUCUCUUCUGGAAGCCACGGUUGUGGACAUGCAAGGGCUGCAUAUUGGACUCCGAGAAAGGCAUGAUCGGCGGCACAGUAAAGAGCGAAAGAACUUGUGGACAGUGAAUUGGGAUCAAGUUCGCAAAAGAAGAAGGAAAGAAGACGAUCGCAAACGAGCCGUGGAGCGAACUGAGCGAAAAAGGGAGAUUGUCCCAAAGAGCAAAGAUAGGGAUCAUCCGAGAAGGGAACCACGUGAGAAGCACAAUGACGCCGACAUAACUCGACCAGAAACCCACACAGAACGACGGCCACGUAAGAGACGUAAUGAUAGUUUGGAGAAGGAGAAGGAAAAGGAAGAACCUAGAACACGAUCGGCUCACUCAUCGAUGUCGAAAAGGCUGAGCUGUUGUGAUUCACCAUGUCCGAGCAAGCGAGAAAAGGAAUAUGAAGAGAUUUCCAGAAGUGUGGGUGUUGGUGCUCUCCCCGAAUGGGAUUCACCAGUACUGUCAUGUGGUUGUACACGUGGAGCAUGCACAUCGGACUCAGAAUGUGUGAAUCGCGCUCUCUGUGUCCAGUGCCCGGGAGCAUGCGCCGCUCCGUUGUGCGCGAAUAAGAAGUUCUGGAAAGAUGACGCAUGCAAGACAUUGGCCGUGAGUGGUGCGAAGACUCGGAAAGUUUUACGAACGAAGCAAGCAAGACGAGCUGGCGACUUUUUGGUAAGAUCUCGUCCAAUUUUUCCUAUUUUAUUUCACCGGAAUAUUUAG